CAAAUAUUUUAUAGGGGGAGGGAAAGAGGUGGAGAGUGAGCAAGCGAUUCUGAAAACACAGAGAGAGCGAGAGAGAGAGAGAGAGAGAGAGAGAGAGAGGAGCGAGGGGAGGGCGAACAACAUUCAUCGCAAUUAAUAAUCUUAAAAAAAGAGUUGGCAGUCGUGUGCGGAAAACUGGCAUGGUUUUUUGGAGGCUGGCAGUUCAGAGUUGAGACGUCAGAAAUGCGUGCAUUAGAGCGCUGAGAUGAUCAUUACCGGAGACUCAGAGCGGAUGGCAGAAGAUCUCGGGUAUCCAGGUGGUGGACUGAAGACAAUGCUGGAUGCCAUGGAAGUCCCAACUCAUGCUAGGCACCUCCUCUUGCAACUGAACACGCAACGCACCAAAGGCUUCUUGUGUGAUGUCAUCAUAGUGGUGCAAAAUGCUCUAUUCCGUGCUCAUAAGAACAUUCUGGCUGCCAGCAGCCUCUACCUUAAAUCCCUUGUUGUCCAUGACAACCUCAUCAACCUGGACCACGAGAUGGUGAGUCCAGGUGUUUUUAGAGUCAUCCUUGACUACAUAUACACAGGACGUUUAAGUGAAGGUGACCCCACAUCUCCCACAGAGCCAAACAUAGGUGCAGUGCUGGCAGCUGCUAGCUAUUUGCAGCUGCUGGACUUGGUAGCCCUGUGCAAAAAAAAGCUAAAAAGAAAUGGGAAAUACCACUUACGACCCACGUCUGGGUUUCUGCCUUACACUAAAAUGAGCCCCAGUGGAGUGCUGGCGGGAAGGCUGCGAGUGUCCACUCCAGUAAUACAGCCCUGCUUCCCUGGUGGGGUGAUGAACACACAACGAGGCCCAUCAUUGGAGGAUCUACCACCCCAUUCCCUGGCCCCCCAUGUAGGAGAGCUUUAUGCACCAGUCCCUACACAGGGCCAGCAGCCUUACCCUCAUUCUCAAGCAACCCUGCCUCAACAAGCAGGUCUACGUUUGCAGUCUGCAGAUAGAAACUGCUCACCCAUAUAUGGCCUAGACCUGUCCAAGAAGAGCCCCAACUCCCAGCAGCAUUCUACCCAUCCUCAUCUGAGUCACCUUAACGAGGAGCCAGAGGGAGAACUGAGUCACCGCACAAGCCCUCUUCUUAGUCCUACCGAUGGCUCAGGGAAAAUGGAGGCUGUGCACCACACUGCCUCUCUAACAUCACGGUCUUUUCCCCUCCUCAACCAACUGCCCCAAAUCCCUCGUUUUCAGCGUCCAAGUUCCCAGGGCCAGGAGGUUUACCCAUGCCCCCCAAGCCCCGAGCCCUCAGAAGAACCAGGAGACCGCAGCAGGGACGGUUCCAACAUUUACCGCUGGGUAAAAAAUGAGCCCUACAGUGUGGAGGAUGAAGAUGAGGAGGAUGAGGAGGAUGAUAGUGGGGGCAUGGGUGAGCAGGAUAAAGACACACACCACCAACAUUUGAAUCAUCACAAAAACAAUGAGGAGAAGAUGAACCUUAGUGAGGGAGGCUAUGACAGGCCAGUAACCUGUGAUGGAGAGGAUGAGAAUGGGACGGGCAGUGAGGAAACAGGCAGCAGUGAAGGAAGGCCAUCACCCCCUGGUCCCCGCGGGAGGUAUCAUAUGCCUUAUGAGCCUGAGAGUUUUGGAGAUAACCUUUAUGUGUGCAUCCCAUGUGGCAAAGGGUUUCCUAGCUCUGAACAGCUCAAUGCCCAUGUGGAAACCCACGCAGAAGAGGAUCUCAACCAUGUUGGAGAGCUAGAAAACCCAAGCAGCAAUGGCACUGACAAACCCACCAGCACCAAUGGACCCACAAACCUGAACAGCACGGGCAGCCUCCACAGCACCUACACAGACAGUAAAUUAGGGCAGAACUUACAUCCAGUGGGCAUUGGAGAAAUGAUUCGGCCAUAUCGCUGUGCCUCCUGUGACAAAACUUAUAAAGAUCCAGCCACCCUAAGACAGCACGAGAAGACCCACUGGCUGACCCGCCCUUACCCAUGCAGCAUCUGUGGCAAAAAAUUCACCCAGCGUGGAACCAUGACCCGCCACAUGCGUAGCCACCUGGGCUUGAAGCCUUUUGCCUGUGAUGCCUGUGGCAUGCGCUUCACUAGGCAGUACAGGCUCACUGAGCAUAUGCGCAUUCACUCUGGUGAAAAGCCAUAUGAGUGCCAGGUGUGUGGUGGCAAAUUUGCCCAGCAGCGUAACCUCAUUAGUCACAUGAAGAUGCACAGCAGUGGAGGGAAUGGUGGGGGAUUCAUAUCUGAUGGCAAGCUAAAGAUGGACUUCUCUGAAGGCAUCUUUCCCCUAAGUAAGUAUGCAGCUGAACAUCUAGGCCUGAAACAGGAGAAGGCCUCAGAGCUUCUCGCUCAGGCCUCUCAGCAGUUACUGGCAGAUGCCAAGGCUAUGGAGAGCCUUUAUCCGCUGUCCAAACUGACUGCAGAGCACCUAGGCCUCACUCAUGAUAAGAUGGAUGUCUUGCCACUGCCACCUGCCUCUCAACAGCUACCUGUAGAGGCACGCACCAUUGACCGUUACUCCCCCAGCUAGAGAGAAGACCAUCAACUCUGUCUUCCAUCAGCAGAGCUCAGCUGCCCAGCUAUGACACAUAACAAAAUGCCUGUAGGCUGCCCACAGUAUUUUAACUCUCACCUCAACUUCAAUGAACCUGCACUUCAGACACAGGAGGAAAGAGACCAUUAGCUAGAAAAUUGCAUGCCGGAUGCAUUGACUGUAAAAAGUGCCUUUCUCUACACGUAUUGCAGAACAGCCAUUUUUUUUAUUAAAAAAAGGAGAACUGUUAUUUAUAAUUUGCUCCAACCAUGGACACAUAUAGCAGUGCAGUAUUUAUAUCUAAAAAAAAUAUAGGAUCCUUUUUUUUCAAAUUCCGAACCAAUCAGUCAAUUGAAAACCAAAAAAGACAUUUUUAUUUAUUUUAUUUCUUUUUGUAUGUAAGUAAAUCCCAAAGAAAAUAGGUUUGGAAAGAGUGUUGCAAUCAUACCCUUAACCUGUGUAAUAAGUGUGACUAUUGUAUAUAGAAUAAUUAACAAAGCACAUAUGAACAAUUUUCAGGGCUUCUGAUUGGGAUGGAAAAGGGAUUCUGGGCUAAAACAGAAAGCUGCAUCUUUGGAAUUUUAUGAUAAUUGGAGGACUUUUUGGAAUACUGGAUAUCUCCUUUAAAUCAGUUUCCUGCUUUGCUGAGUGGCCCAGCAUUCCCAUACAAAAGGGAACAACUACGUGAAGCCAGUAAUUGUUCCAGCACUUUGGUAAAGUGACUUAAGCUUAUCUAUGCAUUGAUAUAGCAAGUCCCAUUUUGUAGAGAGAAUAUCCAGAGUGUCAUAUAUAGUUUCAAUUAUUUUACAUGUUAUAACCCACCUUCUUACAAGUGCCUUUAUACUGGUUGUUUAAAGAGGAAUAAGCAAAUCCAUUUGAGCGUGCCACUGACAUGUUAUUGUGCAUAUUCCAAUCAUGCCAGUAAUCCAUGGUGGAGAAUUUAUAUGCAUCUGGUGAGAUAGAGUAAGCAUGGGUGUUGCCUUUAGAAUCGGGUAAUAUUUACAAUUCAGCAAUACAGCCCAAACAUUCUUUAGGAGAACACAGUGAACCCAUUAGAAAUAUUUCGAGCCUCAACAACACUUAAAACCAAACAAAUAGCAAUUGAAACAAAAGCAUUUUUUUCCAGAUCCGGUGUAUAUAAACUCUAUCCAAGUAGCUCACAUUAUUUGAUAAAUAAUGAAUCUAAUAGCAUUUAAAGUAAACUUCCAUAAUCAGAGUAUACAUCACAGGGAGCUGCAUAGGCCCACUCAUGGUGCUGUUGCUUUCAGGUUAAUAUGUGAAGCUGUUAAUGUGACAGCCAUGAAGAUUAGACAUAGGGCACUCUCCCUGACACUGAUAGCAUGGAUAAAUCUCAGCACUCUCCCUGCAGCUGCUCCACUAAGGAUAAGCCCUGUGAAAUCCCCAAUUCUCUCAGUCUGCUCGUGCUGUCUAUCAGCCUGAUUCCAGAUUUCACGGCUGCUAAGCAGCCUUGUAAUGUACACACUGCCUGGAUCACCCCAACUGAACACCACUAGCCCGUAACAUACUAACAGCAAACCAAAUUUUGCAGUCUUGAAAGACAUAUUAUGUCUUAUUAUGUGACAUAUCAAUAUUAUUUAUAUGCACCUGUACCUUAUACUUAUAUACCAAUGAUAUGGGAAUUUUCCUUUUUUUUAAGAGGGGGGUUUGUUAACCACUAUUGACAUUUACAACCUCAAGAGGUAAAUGUGAAGACUUACUUAAGCCAUGAAUGCACUGUGAUAGGACUAAUAACCCUCCCAGCCUUAAUGAGCAUACUGAACAUGUUACAGUGUUGUAGGCAACUUCAGUACACUGCCUUCUAGAGACUUUUUCUGUAGCAUGUCAUCAUGUUGUUGUUUGUUUUGAUUACAUUUGAUUGAUUGACUCUUAAACCAAAGUGAAGUGAAACUGGUGCUUACCUCAGGACCUGUCCCAUCUCAGUAUGGGGACACAAAGUUAGGAAAUAGCAAAGCAUGUACACAUAAGACGAGCGUGUGCACGCACACACACACACACACACACACACCCUCUUAAGGCAGAGUUGUCCACUUCAAAUCUGUGCUUAUUUCAAGAUUAUGAAAAUGUGUACAUGUUGUCAAUUUUUACAAGAGUCUAUAAUUAUUAACAAUGUUUCUAAAUAGUUUACUUGACUCUCUUCUAUUUUUUCACGGUUUUAUGGAUAUUUCUUUAUGAGUACCUGUAAAUAUUCCUGUGUAUGCAGAACAAUUCUAGACACACCCUUUUCCCUAAAGCAAUAUCAAUCCUUAGUGUUAAAUGCUAUGCUGUAUAUAAAAUGUGAUGUGUUUAUCAAUAAUUCGCUGCAGUGAUAAACACUGGGGUUGACUUGGUAAAGAAGAAGCAUAGUUUCUAAAGUUGACUGACCCAUGUUCAGGUUGUGACUGAAGGAGCUUCGGCUGAAACCUUGGCAAUAAUGCAGGACUUGGUUCCCACUUAGACUUUGUUUAUACUGACUAUUAAACCACACACAAGUAACCAGCACAUUUGGGCCUUAGAGAAAUGCUGUGAUUUCCUAAUACAAUUUAUGUGGAUAGCCAAGAGCUUGACACACACACACACACACACACACAACACGUAAUACAAAUCUACUGAUUCAAGUCUAUGAACAAUAUUACUACAAUAUUACUACUAUUAUAAUACUCAAAUCUGUGACCGCAGACAUAUUAAUGCACAUAGAAAAUGUGGAUUUUUGUCCUGGGGAUAUAAAUCUUACACUCCCUUUCUCUGCCAUUCAUUAAGCACCUCUGGUCUCUUGUGGAAUAUCUCUCUUGCUAUUUUACACAAUUAUUUUUAUACCCAUUCCAAAAAUGCAGAUAUCUAUUUUCUCUACUGUCUAAAGGUAUUACAGUAACUUGGCAUAGUCCUUAGAGAAUUGAGCAAAUGUACACAUGAGAAAGAAAGGUGACAUGGCUUCUUGUGUAUUAGUCUACAGUAGGUGAAGAAAGCAUGUGUGUGUUUCAGGGAAUGAACUGAACUUGAGGAAGCCAUCUUGGUAGGAGCAGAGAGCAAGAUGCAUAGUGUGGUUCUGCUCAAAACCAGAUAAUGCUAGUAGAGAGAUGAAGAGAGAGGAAAAGAGAGGUUAGCAGAGGUUGGGAUUCCAAGUUUUGUCUUGAUUAUGAAAAAAUAAUCUAUGACUCCUUUCCAUUCUGAAAAGAAUUUCCUUUUGCUUCUUUUUCUUCUUCAUGCCUUUUUAACUCUGGACAGAGGCAGUGUUUGACAGUUUACAAAAUGUUGUUAACUCUCUGGUCACUCUUCUUAUUCAAAGAAUGGGCCAAGCAAAGAAAAGCAAAGCUUUGGAGAUGAAGAGAAAUAUGUGGAACAAUACACUGUACUAACCAUACUUCAAAAACUGGUCCAAAGGAAAUAUUCCUCUCAGUCUGAGGAAGCUCCCUCAGUCAGAACAGAAACCAAAGCUUACUUUAAGCCAAAGCCUUAAAGUUUAUAUGGACAGAAUCUACUCAGCAUAAGAGAAGUAUGAACAUGCAAAUCAAGUGUAUUACAGUGUUACUGCGGGUGUUUAAAACAUGGCCAUUGUGGUCUCACUAAUUUCUUAAUUCUAGCUGGAUUCUGUGGUCUAAAAUGUCACAUUCAAAUCUAAACACAUGCAGAUGUCAUUUUAUUUAUCACAGACCACAAGGAUUCUUAUUCAUAUUAUGCAUCAUAUGGCCCAUAAUGCACCUGUGAAUUUGCCUUGCAUUUCAGCAAGAGAGAGAGCAUGUGAUAAAAAGUGCAUGAUCCAUGACAAACUUUAUUUUACUCAGCUGUUUUACAUUGACUCAUUAUGAGGGCCUAUUUCUGGAUAAAUCAUCGCCUCAUGAUUGUUCCUGCUCUGUCGCUAAUCGCACCACUCCCUCUCUUCCAACCCACACCAUCCCAGCUUCUCCCAGACUAACUCAGUGCUUUCUUUCACUUCUCUGGAAGCAUCUUGGAUCCCUACACACUCCCUCCCACCGGCUGACCCAGAGCUCUGACCACAAGCCCACGGCCGCACCUUCUGAUGAAGUGGCGUCCAGCUGCUCUUCUUGCUUGAAGAAGACAGUUGUCUAAAUGUUUAUGCGAAAAACUAGUUUCUUUUUAUUCACACCCCUAUCAAGUUCCACGAUAAACAUGAAGGCAUGUGUUAAGAUUCUGUGUGGGGCUAGAUCAGCUAAAUAAACAGCUGACGAUGCUAUCAUCUCAGACUUAGUUCCUAUAAAAAUGUGUCAUAGUUGUAGAUAAAACAGUGAUCGCUAUGACUGAAGAAAAAUCUAGGACGAUAAAAGGACACAUGAGAGAGAAUGCACUCAAUGGUAACAUGGAGAACACAGGGAGUGCACAAUUCUGUUCUGUGCGUUGCAUUAGGAAGCAAACCUGGAAAUGAAAUGAGAGAAUAUAUAUAAGAGCUCUGGAGCUUAUACAGAGACAAGAUUGAUGUGCUUUUCUGUUUCACCUCGGGUAACUUGUCAUCCUUUUGGACAGGUUUGGACUCUAUAAUUUGGCUGUUAGUAUUUUUUUUGAAGGGCAAAGUUCUUUCAGGUGGUAUAGUAAUGCUCCUUUUUUGCAGAGUAGCACUGAAUGACUGUAUAGUGAAUUGUGCUUGCAUUUCCAUUUCAAAGUUUGUUCCAUGAGAGUUGUAUCAUGUUACUUGGCCUUAAAUUGUUAUCCCCAUCUUCCCACAACAUGAACUGGUUGUCCACAGGCUUACAGCGAGCUCGGCAAUGGCUCCUUUAUGGUGUUUAGUUUGUUGCACUUGCACUGCUGAACAUUUUUCAGCUCUGAAAUGGACAAAGGAGACUCCUGAUUAGGAGAUUAGAUAGAGUCUAUAAAAAAGCUACAUGAAAAUGGACCAGCUAUGCAGAGAUGUCCACAGUGCCCUUAAAUUGAUUGGACUUGAGGGGAAAUUCAUUUCAGCCAACUGGGGAAUUUAAACAUAUAAACAAAGGAAAAGUUUAACACGAGGAGAAUGGCAGAGCAGAGUGCUUGAUUUUAUCGCAAUGCUGAUAGUCAUGCGUGACCACACACACACACACACACACACACACACACACACACACACACACACACACACACACACACACACACACACACACACACACACAUACACCAUACAGCUGGAUGGCAGACAGCCCUGUCACUGCUCUGUGUUCCAGAUUAGGUCAGAUUUAAUUAGGCUGCCCAGCUCCUUUUGGAGUGUCACUUUGAGUUUAAAAAGCCAUUACUAAAAUGCAGUCUGUGUUACUGAUGGGGUGAAGCAAAAAUCAGACCAGCCAGAACACUGCUGAGACAUCUGGACACUCUGAACACACACCUAUAUACAAGUUCAUAUAUGUGGCCACACACACACAUGCACACACACACACACGCACACACUUAUUCAAUAAUGGUUCAAAAAGCCAUAGUUAUAUAACAAAAAAAGGGAAAGAAGUGGCACGACUAAAUGAUAAGCGAGCCAUUGUAGACCGUAGACAUGUUUCAAUGGCCUAAAUCAGUCACUGCAAUAGAGAGAAAGGAAAAAAAAAACUAUUGUGGAUGUUCCCAUUGCCUUCCAGCCAACUAACACACCAGCAUGUCUGCUUUGAUUUCAAGGGUCAACAUCACUUUUUGUUCUGAACUUAUUUCAAAUCUAACACAACGUAACACAUAACUUUAAAGUGCUUUCUUGCAAGAUUGAUGUGAUUUCACGACCAAAAAAAAGCAAUACAAAUAAAACCGAACAGUAUUUUUUUACAUUACAUUGCCAAUAUUGUUUUAAUUUUUACAAAUUGCUUUUAGUGAAAUGAAUGUAUUUAUUGCAUGUCAAAUGUUUUUUCUAUGUUUUUUUUAAAUACAAAAUUCAAUUGUGGGGUGUCAUUAUUUUUGAUUAGGCUUUUAUUUGUUUUAAAAGCCAUUGGGAAUUUUUUUUUUGUUUGCACCUGUACUCUAAAUCAUUUUGGCAAUAAAUUGAGUUGCAUAAUGGUUUCACAAA